AAGCUUAAAAAGUUGGACAAUGCCCUACGUGGGCUCCACUGUCCACACACAAACUCUUGUCUUUCUGCGUGCUCUUUUGCAUGGAACCAGCAGCAGCUAGCUACUAAUCCCUCCGCAUCCGGAUUCGCCCUUUAUCCACCUGUAAUCUCUCUCUCUCUCUCUUAAAAGUUUCACUUUCUCUCUCUACAAAGACUCACUCGGAUCUUCUCCGAGUUAUUCAGCAGCCUCCAUACAAUUGACUUGAGCUCUGAGGAGGAUGCCUAUGUUCUGAUUGUUCUGAUUACUUAAUCAAGUAAGAAUUCUGAAAAAAACAGCUAGAUCUGGAUUGAUGGGGGCUGCAACCUCUAGAAUAGAAGAAGAUAAGGCUUUGCAGCUAUGCCGUGAUCGAAAGAAGUUUGUUAGAGAAGCACUUGAUGGAAGAUGCUCAUUAGCAGCUACUCAUGUUGCAUAUAUACAGUCACUGAAAACUGUUGGAACUGCUUUAAGGAAAUUUGUUGAACCCGAAGCUCCAAUCGAAUCUUCCUUAUAUACAUCCACUAGUGCAACUCCAGAGCCACUUGUGUUGACUGAGAAAUCCCUUUCCCAGUUCUCAUUUUCUUCCCCAUCUACGUCGCAGCGUGUGGAUGCAACUGAAAACCUCUCUCCAUAUCCUUCUCCACCCACCUCUGGUCGGUACCAUGCAAAUCAUAUGAAAUUUAGGGUUCCUUUCUCUAGAAAAAUUGAAGAAAAACCUUCUGUGCCAGUUGUGGGGUCCGUAAUUUCUUCAAGUACCCCACCGAGUAACACAAUUCACUCAUCUGAAAGACCUGAAACAUCACUCUUUGAAACUCCUUCGAACCCACAUCAAACUCCAGCAUGGGAUUACUUUGGUCUUUUUCACCCAAUUGACAAUCACUUCUCUUCAGAGGAAGGGAGGGGAUUGAAUCAAGGAUUGGAGAACGACGAUGACAUAAAACAGCUUAGGGAAGAGGAGGGGAUUCCUGAAUUGGAAGAUGAAGAAGACAAGGUUUCAUCUCAUGGAAGUGAGGAGUCUCAGGAAUCAGAAGAUGAAUUCGAUGAACCUCCUACUGAUACACUGGUUCGAACUUUUGAAAAUGUUAAUAGGGUUCCAGAUCUUGGUGCUGCUAGUACUUCACCGGUUGUUCCAUCUGCAGAAAGUGUAGCAUCAGAAACUGAAUUUUUUAAUGGGGCUAAAAGCAACUCUCCUGAUUUGUCACCACUACGAGCCACAGCCUCGGGAGUUGCACUUCCCAAUGAUGUAAAGAGAGGACAGGAGAAAGAAGAUGGCCCUGAAAAUAAGGUUACUCAUAGGGACUUCUUUUCAUGCAUGAAAGAUGUUGAAUAUCUCUUCAUCAAAGCUUCCGAGUCCGGAAGAGAAGUUCCAAGGAUGCUUGAAGCAAACAAGUUCCAUUUUCGCCCAAUUUUCCCGGGGAAAGAUCGUGGGUCAAUGACUUUGACAUUAUUCAAAACUUGUUUCUCUUGUGGGGAAGAUCAUAACCCUGUUCAAGAAGAGCCUCCUCAAGAUUCUGUAAAGUACUUAACUUGGCAUCGGACAACGUCAUCACGUUCCUCUUCAUCCAGGAAUCCUCUUGGCGCAAACUCAAGAGAUGAUAUUGGGGACCUCACCAAUAAUCUCUUCGAAAAUUUCUGUAUGGUAUCAGGAAGUCAUGCCUCUACCUUAGACAGACUGUAUGCAUGGGAGAGGAAGCUUUAUGAUGAAGUCAAGGCUAGUGAGCUUGUCAGAAAGGAGUAUGACUUUAAAUGUAGACUCCUUAGACAACUAGAAUCGAAGGGAGAAAGUUCCAAGAAGGUUGAUAAAACUCGAGCUGUUGUGAAGGACCUGCACUCAAGAAUCAGAGUUGCAAUUCACAGAAUUAACUCAAUAUCAAAGAAAAUUGAGGAGCUAAGAGACAAUGAGCUUCAGCCACAACUUGAGGAGUUGAUUGAAGGGUUAAGGAAGAUGUGGGAAUCGAUGGUUGAAUGCCAUAAGCGUCAGCUCCACACUAUAUCGAUUGCAUACGAUAACGGAAACAUCAAGAUCUCCUUUCAGUCAGAAACACACCGUCAGAUCACAGUACAACUCGAAAACGAACUGAGCUCUCUGUCUUCAAGUUUUACAAAGUGGAUCGGUGCUCAGAAAACAUACGUGAAAGCUAUAAACGAGUGGCUAUUCAAAUGCAUAUCUCAUCCUCGGGAAUCCACCAAGAGGAGAAAGAAAUCGAAACCCACACAGAUACGAGAUUUCGGUCCACCCAUAUACGUCAUCUGUGGUGUUUGGUUGGAAAAGCUAGAUUCCCUUUCCCUCCCCACUAGGCAAGUUUCAAGUUCCAUAAAGAUGUUAGCUGCCGAAAUUAACCGUUUUUUACCUCAUCAAGAAAAGAACCAAGGGAAGGGUAAGUAUCCAGGCAGCAAUGGCGAGGCAGGUGUUAAUUUAUUGAGGGAAGAAGCUUCAGAGGAUUGGGUAACAGGUUUUGAUCGUUUUCAACCAAGCUUGGUGGAAUUUCUCCAUCAAUUGAAUAACUUUGCAGAGUGUUCUGUGAAUAUGUUUAGUGAACUCCAAAAGAAAAUUCAGCAAGCUAAGGCUACCCAUGGUCAGUCGAAAUCAUCCCCAUCCCCAACCGCAAACGUGGUUUAACUAGAAGGAAGAAUAAAAUCAAAAUAAAGAGACGGAAUUGGGUGCGGAGAAGAAGCAGCUGGCACCGCAGACAUUGCUAGUUAGUGGGUAUUGAGAAAAAUAAAUGAUCGUUGUGGUACAUGAAGAAAGAAAUAAAUGAUCGAGUACUUCAUUGGAGGUAGGUUUUUUUUCGCAUGUUUUUUUAUGAGAAAGUUGUAAAAAUGGUGGGUAGCUUUUUGUUGUCGGUGGUGAAAUCUGUAUGUUUGUGUAACUGUCUGUGACAUGUUAGGACUUUGUAUAGUUCAUGUGUGAUUGGAAUGUGAUAAUAAUUGAGGUGCAAUUCCACACCACCUCAUCAUUUAAAUAUUCAGUUAUAGAGAUAUAUUUCAUUUCAAAAACUAA